CCCGCCCCUCGCCCCGUGGCCCCGCGGGCUCGUUCCCGGCAUGGUGCUCUCUGAGCUGGCUGCGCGCCUCAACUGCGCCGAGUACAAGAACUGGGUGAAGGCGGGCCACUGCCUGCUACUGCUACGCGGCUGCUUGCAGGGCUUCGUCGGCCGCGAGGUGCUCGCCUUCCACCGCAGCCUGCUAGCCGCCGCCCCCGGCCUGGGCCCCCUCGCCACCUGCCGCAGCGGCUCGCGGUGCAGCCCGCGCGCCCGCCAGUUUCAGCCUCAGUGUCAGGUGUGCGCAGAGUGGAAACGGGAGAUUUUGAAACAUCACACCAGCAGAAAUGGAGACGUUCACUGGGGAAACUGCCGGCCGGUCCGCUGGCCGGUCGACGCCUGGGAGGUGGCUAAGGCCUUCAUGCCCCGAGGACUGGCAGACAAAACAGGACCCGAGGAAUGUGACGCGGUUGCUCUUCUAAGUCUCAUCAACUCCUGUGAUCACUUCGAGGUUGAUCGAAAGAAAGUCACAGAGGUGAUUAAGUGUCGUAACGAGAUCAUGCACUCUUCAGAGAUGAAAGUAUCUUCUGUGUGGCUUCGAGAUUUUCAGAUAAAGAUCCAAAAUUUUCUGAAUGAAUUUAAGAAUAUCCCAGAGAUUGUGGCGGUAUACUCCCGAAUAGAACAGCUGUUGACAUCUGACUGGGCUGUUUACAUCCCUGAGGAGGAUCAGCCAGAUGGGUGUGACUAUGAAACAGGAGUUUACCUGAGUGAGCACCAAGUAAACGAGAUAGAAAUGGAGUUACUAAAGGAAAAACUUCAAGAGCUAUAUCUUCAAGCAAAGGGACAAGAGGUGUUGCCUGAAGAGAUCUUAAAUCAACUGGAAGUGGUGAAAGAAUUUCUGAGAAACAACGAGGAUCUUAGAAAUGGUCUUACAGAAGAUAUGCAGAAGCUAGACAGCCUCCACCAACAGCCUCAAAAACUGGAUUCGAAGGAACCUAGGGCACAGACACCUGAAGGGAAGGCCUGAAGUUGACCUUCAACAAAAAUCAGGCAUGUUCUGUGAAAGUCAGCCGGGCUUCCAUCUCAGCCGUCCUUUUCUGUGCAAAAGGGAAAACUUACCCAAGCACUCCACUCAAACAAAAAGGAAUUUGUGUCAUCUUUUCCUGGACUUUCCUUUAACUCUUUGGGAGUUUUGUUUUGUUUUGUUUUGUUUUUUUAACAUUCCUAAGCUUGGUGUUAUGUGAUCUGUACCAGCCAAAAAAUAUUAGAUGCUCUUGUGCCAAA